AUGCUUCUAAGCACAAGUCUGAGGAGUAGGCAUCCUAAUAGAACAAGUAGUUCUGUUAUAUUAAAUUGUUUUGGUUACUUCUGUGUAAGUUCAUGUGAUGAGAUAUGGGGAAGGGAGAAAUCCUUGUCUGAAAACAUCCCUAUGAUUUUCGGAGAAGCCGGGUCGUGUCUCCUUGAGGAUCUUAAGUCGAGUGCCCUCAAGCCUUAUAGGCAUACAGAGGUAAAGGCAAUACAAGGCGAGAAUGAGUAUCUAGACGCAAAGAUGGAGGGGGUUAGGAGGCUAGCUGGAGAAGGGAUAUCCGAGGAGCUUUCUGUGAACUAUGUCAUGAUGAAAUAUUUUAAGGAACGUAACGAAAGAAUACUCAGGAGCUACAAGUUCCAUCGAUCUCUAUCUCUUUUUGACGACUUCUUCUCUGCAAAAAAAACAUCUGAUAUGCUCUCUUGUGAAGAGGAAGAGUACAUGAGGCGAUGCCAUGACAUCCUCGGAGAGUAUCUUGAGCCCUUCAGCCACUUCGAUUUCACAAUUUCAACGCCUCCCAUACAGUUUUUUGUACAAAUAAUCACACUGGAAGACUGUGGGGUGGUGAUGGAUGAAGGAGAUCUUAUAGAGCUUAAAAAAGACAGGAUAUACUUCAUUAAGAGAAGUGCUGUUUCUCAUCUAAUUGGAAAUGGGCUCGUACGUAUCAUUUAA